AUGUCAUAUUUCCUUCCUCAUUUGACUAAUGGUUGGCAAGUCGACCAGGCAAUACUGUCCGAAGAAGAUCGAGUAGUGGUAAUUAGAUUUGGACACGAUUGGGAUCCAACAUGUAUGAAAAUGGAUGAAACCUUGUACGGAAUAGCCGAAAAAGUCAAAAAUUUUGCCGUGAUCUAUCUGGUCGACAUUACCGAAGUUCCUGAUUUCAAUAAGAUGUACGAACUUUACGAUCCAUGUACUGUAAUGUUUUUUUUUCGUAACAAACAUAUCAUGAUUGAUCUUGGAACUGGUAACAAUAAUAAGAUAAAUUGGGCACUGGAAGACAAACAAGAGCUCAUAGACAUUAUAGAGACUGUUUACAGAGGUGCUAGGAAAGGUCGAGGUUUGGUGGUUUCUCCCAAGGACUAUUCUACGAAAUAUAAAUAUUAA